GAUCAUUUGAGAGGGCACUCUAGGAAAGUUCAAAAACCGAGUUCAAAUCGUCUACGUUUGCAUUUCGUUUCUCGUACCGAGUAGUGAACUACUGGAAUUCUCUACCGGAACACGUAAUAUUAUCACCUUCUGUUGACAUAUUAUAAAUGAGACUGGACCUCCACAGUGCUACAAAAUGCAAGGAUUAAUAUAGGUUGAUAGACUUCCUAUCCUUAAUACUGAGGACUGAAAGUUGCGGCUAUUGUAAAAUGAAGGUCAAAUUGAAAAAGAAAAGUGCGAAAAAUGAGGAAGAAAACGAGGAAAUUUAUGUCAGAUUAGGAGAUGUACCUCUGGACAUAUUACGGUACAAUAUAUCAAUGCAAUCAGGAGUGGAACGAAAGGAAACUCGCAAAUCCCUACUUCUCAAAAUGGGCGCUAAGAAACCGAAAAACCCAUACAUUAAUUACAAAGAACUCAUGCAGAAUAAGGCGAAGUCUAAGGCCGAGGCUGAAGCGUUUGCUUUCGAUCGCAGUGCUAGUUUUGUCAACAAAAAGCUCCCUUUAAAGCAGGCAAAAAAGAAACGGAAAAACCAACAAAAAGACAGAACAAGAAAAAAAUAUUAAAUUUCCCUAAAUCGCAUAUACGGAAAUACAUACAAGUGCGUACCUGAGUGGCAAGCCGUUCUUUCGCAGUCAUAACAUCAGAACAAAUUUGAAAAUCUCAAACAAUCAGAUCUUACUUGGUGAUUAUAUUCAUCUUGAAUUGAUUCUUUUGAAAUCUUUAAUUGAUAUUUUUCAUUAUUGUUUUGUUUCAAGAUUAUUCCGUAUAUUUGUAAAGUUCAAGUUUUACUAUUUCCUCAUUUUAAAUCAAUGAACUAUACUAUUAACAAGUGGCAUAAUUCAGUUUGUUGAAAACAACUUGUUUUAAAUAAGUUAUUGGUUAAAUAAUAACGUCGUUUAAAUUGUAAUUUAACAGAAUGAAAGUAUUUUCUCCAACUUACCUUUGUUGUUCUUCAUGUAAUUUAUUUACAGUAUUUUCCAUAUCAUAUGAACGUUCUUGUUCAAGAGCUCUUGCUCUUGUCUCAGCUACAUCAAUACGAGAAUUUAAAGUUUCUGUGGUGGUUUGAAGCUGUUAGCCAAAAUGAAAAAGAGAGCACAGUUUUAUUGUGAUAAAAAAAAAGUCAAAUAGUAGAUGUAUGAAAC